AUGCGUUUCGCAAAUUUGUUAUUUAACUUCGCACUUGCUUCCGGGCUGGCCUUACCAGUUAGUGCUCAUGAAGGGCAUGAAGAACAACAUAAUACUCCCGUUAAAGCGCAAGAUCUGGAUCCCACAAAAUCAUUCUCGCAGAUAGAUUGGGAGACAGUAGUCCCAAAAGCACAUGUCGGUCAUGUUCAUGGUAUGCCGAUCAUGAAUAAAACUUUAACUCCCGAGGAAUACAAAUAUUGGAGCCAGUAUAAUACCACUACAUACUUUACCGUUGAUGCUCCAUCUAAGUUCCAACUUUGGAUCCAUAUUGCAUUAUUUAUUGGAUCAUUUGUGUUUGUCUACCCAUUUGUCAUGAUCUUCAAUAAUUUGGACUCUAAUUGGUAUCUUCCAGCACUCACGGUUCACGCCGCAAUAACUAUUGCUUCAACUAUCGCUUAUUCAAUAUUUAUUAGUGGAGCGCCAGAUUUAUUUCCCAACAUGGCAUAUUCAAAGAUGGUUACGGGACUUUUCGUUCUCACAAUAAUUCAUUACGUUGCGGCAAUCAUUUAUACAGCAAAGAGGUGGCUCGAAGGAGGACCUCGCAAUCCAGCAGCUUCUCAUUAUAUUUCAAUUAUACAAAGACCUCAACCAUACCAAGGGUUAGGAGAUGAACUGGAGGAUUCUGAAUUUACAAGAAAGCCUAUACCUCUUGCAAAAUUGAACUUAAAUAGUCAUGACAAACUGCAUAGCACAUUGAACAGUACCGGAACUGAGCAAUCACCAUCAAGCACUUUGUAUGAUCACGAAGAUGACUUAGAAAGCCUAAACUCUGUGCAAAAUGCAAAUACCCUUGGUUCCUCUCUUGCAGAUGAAGAUAACAAUGAGCCAUUAAUAUUUGGGGCAAAUCGCAUAAGUACGAGGACUGGCAUUUCGAGCCGAAGAGAUACGGUAUUAGGAAGAUUAUUUCACCAUCCGGCGAUUGAGAAAUCGGUCAAUAUGUUUGGUUUCAUUUCUAUCAUUAUUUUUAAAAUAUUGAACUUUGGAAUGCUCUUCUACUUCCUAGUUAUGCUUCCAACUGGAAUUGCUGGUCUCAAUCUCUUAGGUAAGGGAAAAAGGGUCUUCAAUUUGUUGGCCCACUUUAUCAAAGGUGGCGUUUUCUUUACCUUGGGGUUAUUUUCAUUGGGAAGAUACUUGGGCGCAUUUGGCAGGAUGGGCGGUGCUUGGAAUUAUUCAUUUGUCACAAAAGAUGAAAAAAGACAUUCAUUGUGGCUAAGGAUUCAACCAAAAGGAAGUAUGAUCACAUUUGAAAUGAUAGAGAGUUCAUUAAUCCUUUUAUAUGGCACGACUAAUAUUUUUUUAGAACAUUUAGCGGCUGCCGGGGAAGCCUGGGCUGCUAAGGAUCUCCAACAUGUUUCCAUCGCCUUUAUGUACAUUGGUGCUGGCCUUUGUGGAGUUAUUACAGAGAUCCAAUUGAAUAAAUGGAGAAGGAGCAAAUUCUACGAUCAGGUCGGAGAUCUUGUUGAUGGUCAAGAUGUGGAGAAUGUGACUCCGGGAUUUUCUCCAAAUCCAUUUCCAGUGUUCACCAUCUUUUGGACCGGCCUUUUGAUGUCGCAGCAUGCUCAGGCAUCUGAAUUAUCAACGAAUGUUCAUGUUCAAUGGGGUUCGCUUCUUACUUAUGGAUCCUUCUUCCGUGGUUUCACCUUCCUUUUGAUGUCCUACUAUCCAUUGAAAGAUAGAUACGCAUGCUUUCGUCCAGGUAAGCCUCUUACAGAAUUAGUCACAUCAUUCUGCUUGCUUUGCGGCGGUCUUGUUUUUAUGGAAAGUACAGAUCAGGUUAUUGAGGCAAUGGAGUAUCGGGGUCUAACCCCAAUGUUCACAUUGAAUAUGAGUGUUGGUUGUACUGCACUCUUAAUGGCAUGGAUUAUGGUUUUGUUUUCAUUUAAAGACAUGCUGAAGAAGAAGAUGUACGGGAAAGAUUGA